CUGCCUCCUGUGGGACGGCACCAUCAUAAAGAAGUGGGACAAUGUCUCUGUCAGAAAGACAAUCACUCCUCAUCAGGUCUGUUGGAGCGAGUCUGAGUAUCUUCUGCUCUGUUAUCUCACUCGGUUGUGACUGACCUGUAGAAUGACCCACCAGUUUCCCACACUCACCACGGAGCAGAAGAGGGAGCUGCAUGAGAUAGCUCUGCGCAUUGUGGCUCCUGGGAAAGGCAUUCUAGCAGCUGAUGAGUCAGUAGGCAGCAUGGGCAAGCGUCUGAACCAGAUAGGAGUGGAGAACACAGAGGAGAAUCGCCGCCUGUACCGCCAAGUCCUCUUCACCGCAGACGAUCGCAUUGAUAACUGCAUUGGUGGCGUCAUCUUCUUCCAUGAAACGCUCUACCAGAACUCAGAUGACGGUGUUCCCUUCGUUAAAAUGAUCAAAGAUAAAGGAAUUACUAUUGGUAUCAAGGUUGAUAAAGGAGUAGUUCCCCUGCCUGGAACUAAUGGUGAAACUACUACACAAGGGCUGGAUGGACUGUCGGAGCGAUGUGCUCAGUAUAAGAAGGAUGGAGCUGAUUUUGCAAAGUGGCGCUGUGUGAUGAAGAUCAGUGACACCACCCCAUCUCAACUAUGCAUUACAGAAAAUGCCAAUGUCCUCGCUCGGUAUGCUAGCAUCUGCCAACAGCAUGGGAUUGUACCCAUAGUGGAGCCCGAGAUCCUGCCUGAUGGAGACCAUGACCUGAAACGUUGCCAGUUUGUUACAGAGAGGGUGCUUGCAGCAGUCUACAAGGCCAUGUUUGAUCAUCAUGUGUAUUUGGAGGGAACCCUGCUUAAGCCCAACAUGGUGACACCUGGACACGGCUGCCCCACCAAAUUCAGUGCCGAAGAGGUUGCCAUGGCAACGGUCACUGCCCUGCGUCGGACCGUCCCUCCUGCGGUCACAGGAGUGACCUUCCUUUCUGGAGGCCAAAGUGAAGAAGAGGCCUCCCUCAACUUAAACGCCAUCAACAACUGUCCGCUGGUGAAGCCUUGGGCGCUCACCUUCUCUUUUGGCCGAGCCCUGCAGGCCUCUGCCCUGAAAACCUGGCGCGGCCAGAGAGAGAAUCAAAGUGCUGCCACUGAGGAGUUCAUCAAGCGUGCAGAGAUCAACAGUCUGGCGGCUCAGGGGAAGUACUCUGGAGGUGGAGACAGCAGCGGAGCCACUGGCCUCUCCCAUUACCUCUCUAGCCACGCAUACUGACAUGCUGCCAAACGUUACCCUUCUGUGUUUCCUGAGAUAUAGCCAACUCCACUGCCAUAAAGAUUAAUUUAAUGCAGGUAUAUAGUCCUUCCAGCUGUAUCUUAGACUCAAGACGUUGCUGUUGUAUACAGAUGAUGUUCCUAAAUCAGUGUAUGAGCUGACAUGUGAGAGGACUACACUCUUUUCAUCCAGCAAAAAUAAAUGUUGUCAUGUUCCCUCUAUUGCUGAAUAAUAACAAAUAAAAGAGUAUGUAGCUUCUAAUAGCUUCAGAGUCGAUUUAAGACGAUUCAUUUAUAAGCUCAAAACAGAGAAAAUGAGAUAAUGAGCAUCAUAUAGAUAAAUGAUAAUGUAAUAGUGAUUCAUGUCCUGCUACCGACAAAAUGAGUUUUCUCUAUAGAUUUGAGAUUUGGGGUGGGGGGGUUGGGGGGUGGGGUAGCCCCCCCCCCCCCCACAGGGGUCUAACUUGUGCUUGUGUGAUCCAGCCUUUCAUAACUGCAAUUCUAAGUACCUGCUGACUGUGUACUUUCGGUAAGCGUUGUGGUGUCCAGUGUGGAAUAAACAGAGCAAUUGUUGUAUACUUAUAAAACAGACAUUAAUAAAAUGUGAAAACGAUGUAAAGUGUCUGACGCAACUAC